AUGACACGGCUCUACUCUGCUGCUUCAGCCCCACUGCUGUGCACCCUCGCUGUGCUCUUCAGAACAUCUCUGUCAGUGGACCAUGUACCGAUGCUGCUUUGGUCAUCUCAGGGAUCACAGUGGAAUCCAUACACUGCUUUGCAUGAAGGACACAUCGUCUCAGCACAGGAACUGACUGGACUCUUGAAGCCUUUUACCCAGAAUUCCAGAAACCUCAUUUUGUUCCUGCAAGAUAUGCUUAGCAUAGAUGAUUUCACAUACCUCAGUGAAUCCUACGGUAACAAGAAUCUAUUUCAAAAUGUUCAGGAAAUUCUUCAGUCUUCUCCUUCAUCUUUAGUUUUGCCAGCUGUUGACUGUGAGGCUACCAGGCACCUUCUGAGCUUUCUUCAGAAGUCAGAAGAUUGGAACUUAACAAACAUAACUAAUCUCAAUGUCUCUCAGGUGGAAAUGAAUACACCCAAACCAAACUUACUGGUGAUUCAGCUACAACCACUUGUCAGCGGUUUAAAUGAGAUUUCCACCCUGGAAGCAAUUGCUGAAAAUGACAAAAUAAUUGGAAGAUUGACCAUGGAUCUACAGGAACGAGGGAUUCAUUUUUCAGUAAUUUAUACUGCAGUGAGACCUUCAAGGAUUUCUAGAAGAACUGUAGUGGUGGGGGAAUUAAGACGACAAUUAAUGGCCACUGAGGAAGAAGACAGUUUAUCAUAUUCUCCCCUGAGUGUGACCACUGGAAAUGAUACAUGCAUCCUUUUUUAUGCUAGUAAUUUCAGCCUCAAAACCAGCAGUUCAGUUUUUAUAGAUUUGACAAGUGCAACAUUUGUAACACAUAAUGUGACUACUUCUUCCUCUGAGUGCUCAGACAGCAAUGCAACACUGUCAUUGGAAUAUACAAGGCCAGUGAAUGGAAUCAGCAGCCUAAACAUAAGGUUUUUAAUGACCAACAAGUUCUAUGAAGGCUCAGCUAGAAACUGGUCCACUUUAUAUUCAGUUGAGAUUGUACAAGAUGGAGAAAAGUUUGCUAAAUUUAAUGUUUCUGUCAUCUCUGCUCCUGCAGAGUAUUCAUCUCAUUGUCAGCUGGUGGGAACAAGCAAUCUUUAUCCUGCAACGCUUAUUCCAUCCAACGAUGAGGCAGAAAACUGGGAUGUUUUCAUUUCCAGUUUGCAA